CACCAAAUAAACUUGAACUAGUGAAGAUACGUCUGUAUUGAAGUUGAGAGCAAAAAAUAGGAGGAGCAAAUGACCGACGAGAGAAUGAGUGAAAAAAUGGCGCGAAAGUAUUUCUACUGCAGAAUGACGAGCGGAAUCCAAACACUUUCAUCCCUAGGCGAUGCGAUGGCAUACUACUCAGUAAGUAGUAAAAGAAACAUGGAAAGUAACUGAACUACAGACGCCCGUAGACAUGCCAUUGACAUCGAUGUGUGCCCGAGGCCUUCACCAACGCAUCUAUCAUCAUCUUUGAUAGUACCCAUCAAAAACAGUCAAAAUGAUUCCUGCGCGUGGAGGAGGCCGGAACCAGCGCGGGCAAAAUAUUGCCCGUGUUGCUGAGCACCAAAUCCAUUCGCACUUGGAUGAACAGGUGCAAGCACGUAAACUCCGCAAGCUAGAGGACGAACUAAAAGAAGCUAAAGCAGUCCACAAAGAGCUGACUCAACAGCAUGAGAUGGGUGACUUCGAAGCUCUGGGUUUGGCGGAGCAAAAACAGAAGCACAUACGACAGUUGGAAGGGAAAGUGGCGGAAAUGUUAUGGACCGUUGUAGUACUCGAAGUAAGUAACAUAAGAAGAAAUACUACGUGUACUGUAGGAGAAGUAGUAGCCCACCUAGUGCCCAAGCUCAAACUAAACACUUCCUUUAUUUUGUUCAUCUUCGUAGAAAAAAGUAUCGAUCCAGUUCUAAAGAUAAGUGUUGGCGUCGCAAGCAAGCCUGUGGUUGUACCAGCAGCCAUUAGGCUCGGACCGCAAGAAAAAAAUCUCGAGGGAGCACCGAGGGCGUACUUUUGGAACUUACUAGUUGCUUGGUUUUUUGUCGUUGUGUUGACUGACUUACUCGUUUUUACCAUCUCCUUCAUCUGCACCUCCAACCUGCUCCCAAGUCAAUCUCAUACUCUCGUAUGUUCGGGCCACGACCCCGAUUCAAGUCACGCGGUGCGUGGUGCACUUGUAGACAGUAGACACAAAAAAAACCAGGUUCAAGGGAGGCGCUGAUCUGAGCAUUGACGACACAGAGGCUCGCAAAGCAGCAGUCUACGAUUUCGUGGCUCCAGGUAAAGAACCAUCGCUGAAGAAGGAAAAAGAGAACUUACCUCCAUGGUUGCAAGGUCCAGGAGGAGGAGGAGACUUGUUCUCGGCUCCUCCAGGUCCUCCAGGCGCAAAUAACAACUUUCUUGGAGGUGGUCCUGGUGUAAAAAACGAUGGAGCAGAUGAUCCGUUUCAAGGAGGUGUCGCGAAAAAGACUAGAGAGCAAAGACUAGCGGAAAGACAGCGAGAAAGACAACAUCAGCAGGGUGGAACAAAUCUCCA